AUGUCAUCGCCUUUCACAAAUCCCUGGGCAGAGCCAGCAUGGCUACGGUCCCUGGAAUCGCCAUACUACAGCGAAUCCCACAGGAAACUGCAGGCCUAUGCAAGAAAGUACAUCGACGACAACAUCCUGCCCCACGCCCUCACCUGGGAAGCCCAGGGCGACUGUCCAGACGAAGCCAAGACAUCCUGGAUCAAUUCGGGCCUCGCCUUGGCAGACAUCCCGCCGCGUUACAGGCCGCCCGGGUUCCAAUCCAUCGCUGGCAUCCCUGCACACAAGCUGGACGCGUUCCACUUCCUGAUCCUGAACGACGAGGCCAACCGCUUCGAGGGCGGCGUGGGUAUCGCGCUAUCAGGUGGGGCCAAUGCCAUCGGCCUGCCGCCCAUCCUAACACAUGGCACAGAGGCGCAGAAGCAGCGCUGGGUGCCUGGUCUCUUCACGCGGGAGACGAGUUUCUGUCUGGGCAUCACAGAGCCGACGGGCGGUAGUGAUGUGGGCAAUAUCCGCACGCGAGCAGUCAAGAGCCCAGACAAGCAGACCUACGUUGUGACAGGGACUAAGAAAUGGAUCACGGGCGCACAGUGGGCGUCGCACAUGACCACGGCCGUCCGCACAGGCGGGCCAGGCUACGGCGGGAUCUCGCUGCUCGUCAUCCCUCUGUCGGCGCCUGGAGUUGAGAUCGAGAAGAUUCACAACAGCGGUCAGAACGCCGGUGGAGCAAGCUGGGUGCGUAUGUCUGAAGUGGUUGUGCCUGUGGAGAACCUGCUCGGAGACGAGAACGCCGGAUUCAAGUACAUCAUGACCAACUUCAACAGGGAGCGGUUCAUCAUGGCGGUCGGGUGCAACAGGAAGGCCCGCACGUGUCUGAGCACGGCGCUCGAGUACGCCAGCACCCGAGAGACGUUUGGCCAGCCGCUCAUCAGCCAUCAGAUCAUCCGACACAAGAUCAUCAGCAUUGCGAGGGAGGUCGAGUCCCACUGGGCCUGGCUCGAGCAGAUCGCUCACCAUGUGCAGAUCCACGGCUGGCAGACGGAUACGAUUGCGGGCAAGAUUGCGCUGGCCAAGGUGUCUGGGGGCAGGAUCCUCGAGCUGGCUGCCAGGGAGGCCCAGCAGGUCAUGGGCGGUGUGGCCUACCAAAAGCGCGGUCCGGGGGGCGGAGGGGUUGUAGAACAGAUUACGAGAGAUCUGCGCAUGAUGGUUGUCGGAGGAGGUUCAGAGGAGAUCUUGGAGGAUCUGGCCUUCCGACAAGAAGUCAAGGCUGCUUCUCGCAAGAGAGGUGCCCUGUUGUGAGGGUGAUACAAUAGCAGAUUGUUCUGAAGGAGGAUGAAAGGGUGAAUUUGGUAAAGCCUGGAAACAUGAACUCAUGGAUCUAGCAUGAA